UUUAACAUGAUGACUUCUGAUUUCGUUCAUUCAUGAACAGGGAACAUGUAUCGACUAAGCUGAAGGAAUACCAUGGAUCGUGUGAGGAAAAGGAAACUUUCGGGAACAGGAAACCAAUUAGAUCCAAGCUCAAAACAAAAAAUAAAAACUUUGUUUUAUAAAAAAUUUAAAUACAACAGAGUUAACAAGUGGCAUUUACCAUCAUUGUUUAAAAAAGAAGGUCAAAAAUGGACACAUCCAGUUCUUCAGAGUUUGAAGGAGAAACUAAACUGUGUGAAAGACAAGUUGAGUGAUAAGGAAAUUUAUUCAUGGCAUGAACACACAAAAUUCAUGAACAUUGCUGGCAGUGUAAUAUCAACUGUGAAACAAGUGAUCCGUCCUGAACUGUGUACUCAAGCAUGGUGCAAGUUUUAUGAAAUUCUUUCAGCUUAUCCAUUGAUAAAUCAAAACAUUGCAAAUCUGAAUACAGUUCAUCUUUGUGAAGCACCAGGGGCGUUUAUAACAAGUUUGAACCAUUAUCUUGUUUCCAGUGACUAUAAUGGAACAUGGACUUGGAUAGGAAGUACUUUGAAUCCUUACUAUGAGGGGAACCCCCUGGGUAAGAUGAUUGACGAUGAUCGCUUCAUCAGAGGAAGUUUGGAUUACUGGUAUUUUGGUGCAGACAACACAGGAAAUCUGAUGGAGUUCAGUAAUUUAGAGGGUCUCCUUCAUGUGGCUUCUACCAUGGGAGAUGUACAGCUGGUCACAGCAGAUGGCUCCAUUGACUGUCAGGAUGACCCCGGCGAACAGGAACAAAUUGUGUCCCGCCUACACUACUGUGAGGCCCUGGCGGGGAUUCUUAUUCUCUCCCCCGGAGGCCACUUAGUGAUUAAGAAAUUCACCAUGUUUGAUAGUGAGACUAUCAGUCUGAUGUACAUACUGUGCUGCUUAUUUGAGGAGAUAAAUGUUUUUAAACCUGCAACAAGCAAAAGUGGAAAUUCAGAAGUUUAUGUUAUUUGUUUGAACUUUCUAGGACUAGGAGAAAGAAUAGAUGAAUUCAAACAAUUUUGUAAACCUUUUUUUGAGGAUGAGAACCACGACUUCAGAUUUCCUGAGAGUUGUCUCCCUUCAGAGUUUGUGUUGGAACACAUCAGAAUUUGUGAGGAGUUUACAGACCUACAAAUGGACACCAUUAAAUGUAACCUGGACCAUUAUCCCAGAGUGUCUGAAUCGUACAGUCGGUGGAUGGAGGACAUAAGAGAUGCCUGUGCCGAUUUCUAUCUAGACACGUAUAAUCUCCACCCUAUACCCAUACAGAGCAGAAUGCUGCCGUAUCAAAAGAAAAAGAAAAAUUGCAUGGCUUUGUAUCAAAACAAUUCUUUUCCUGUCAAGGAACUUGAAAAACCUAAGAAGGGAACUUUUAAUGAAAGACAAAAGAUGAUCGGUGCAUCUCUGUAUGAACAAGUGAAAUUAAUUGAUCCUUAUAAAGUAGAAACAACAAAGUCAUUUAAUUUUCAGUCAGGGAAAGAGGAUGUACAAGGAAUAGAAAGGUGGACAUUAUCACAUGGGAAACCUGUAUUGAACAUCCAUAGCUCAUGUUUUUGUUCUGGGAAGCUGGUGCAACAAAUGAACCUUUUGCAGAGGUACGAAAAAUCAGAUACAAAAAUAACAGACUUGGUUGUUGAGGCUUUAUCAGUAUUACAUGCUGAAAAUCAGAGACCGCUCUCAGUUGUUGUCAGUGAGACUAUCCAGGGGAACAUAACUGAGCAAAGCAUCCAGUACCUUGACUUUGUAAACAAAAACAUAAGUCCACAUGUACAGUUGCCAAAUAUUGAAGGAGAAAAUGUGAGGGAGGAGAUUGUUUGCCAUGUGAUGGGGACUGGAUUAAUGGAUGAAUUGGGGUCACAGAUAAUGAUAUUAGAGGAGGCUAUUUCUCUUUUGCAGAACAUUAAGGCUGGAGAUUCCUUCAUUUGGAUACUAUCAACCUGCCUCCUGAGGUGGACAGCUGGAGUUGUCUUUCUUUUAUCAAUUUGUUUUCAUAAGGUGCUAAUGGUUCCCUCCCCUUCUUCGUCUCUAGCCCAGGCUUUAGUGUGUGUGCAGUACAAACCAGAAACUGCGUUAGAUUUAUCCCACAUGGAGAAUAUCAAGAAACAAAGAUCAAAACAUGGAACGCUGAUAGAAACUGUCCCAAUUCAUAUACUUCUCAACAAUGAUGAAUUUGCACACUUUUUAAGAAGCAGCAAUGAAUAUCUUAUCAAAAGUUUCAUAUCAGAAUCCAUGAGGAAAAUUCAGACAACAGAUAGUAAAAAGGAAUGAAGUCAAAAUUUAGACUUCCAAGAAAUGCUCAGUAUUUCAUAGUUCCAGCAGGCAAAGGCAGCUUUCAGUUCUUCCAAAUAAACAUUUUUAUUUUUCUUUGUUAAUAAAAAAUGCUGCAGAUUUGAUGGAACUCUCAGUGUUCACAGAGUAGCAAAUCAAAUGUUUUUCAUCUUUUUAAAAAUAAAAACAGCUAUUGCUGAAUGAAAUACC